UUUGUGUGUAUCGGCCGGAGCUGCGGGCUGGACCAUUUGGGCCCAAGGCUCCUGCUGUGACUCUCCAAGACUCUACAGUGCCAGCCACUGCCGAUUCCCAGCGCUCACCAGCACAAACUUUAUUCUUGGCAAACUUCUCUUUUUCUCCCCUCCUCCUCCGCCCCCCUCCCUUUUCCUUUAGCCGAUUAAAUGCUUCUCCAGAAGGAACACCAAAGCGAAAGGAAAGGAAAGAAGCUCUAACACGGACGUCUGCAGCUCUGGUGGCUCUUUAUUGUUUACCCUUCAGGAAGUGGACUUUUCGGUAUUUUCUGAUUCUCCUCGCACCUCCGCUGGGCAAACGGGGCCUUUUGGCCCACUUCUCCUCUUCUCAAAACAAACACCGAAAUCCACAUCCGAGGAAUCCACGGUAGAGAGGUUUUGCACGAAGCGCCACGGGAUCCUCCUUUGCACUUUGGAAAAUCGUGUCCCCUCCAGAGCCGGCGUUCGCGGCACACAGACUCGGGCAACGAGGGCCGCGUGGGGUGGCCACCCAGUCCUGGCAGCCUAGCCUAGUGCACGCGGAGCGGCGCAGACGCUCCCAGAGGCGCCGGCGGCUGCCGCCCUCGCAGUCUGGUGCCCUUCGCCCCAGGGCCGGGCGCCGGCGUCCUUCUAAGUGAAGAGGGAAAGCGCGGCAAUCGCAGCGGCUCCUGCAGCUGCUCUGGCCGUGGGCCCCACAUUUGCCCAAUCCGCCUCCAUUCGUAGUCCUCCCGCACACAGUCUUCUUACUCUCACUCCCCCCGCCCCCUUCUCCUGCUGUCGCCGAGUGCUCCCGCAGCGGAGCGGAGAUUACAGAGCCGCCGGGAUGCCCCAACUCUCUGGAGGCGGCGGCGGAGGGGACCCGGAACUCUGCGCCACCGAUGAAAUGAUCCCCUUCAAGGAUGAGGGCGAUCCGCAGAAAGAGAAGAUCUUCGCCGAGAUCAGUCACCCCGAAGAGGAAGGCGACUUAGCCGAUAUUAAGUCAUCCUUGGUUAACGAGUCUGAAAUCAUCCCAGCCAGCAACGGGCAUGAGGUGGUGAGACAAGCACAGUCCUCUCAGGAGCCCUACCACGAUGAGGCCAGAGAGCACCCCGAUGAUGGAAAGCAUCCAGAUGGAGGCCUGUACACCAAGGGAGCCCCCUACUCCACUUAUUCUGGCUACAUCAUGAUGCCAAAUAUGAAUAGUGACCCAUACAUGUCAAAUGGAUCCCUUUCUCCACCCAUCCCAAGGACAUCAAAUAAAGUGCCGGUGGUGCAGCCAUCUCACGCGGUCCACCCUCUCACCCCCCUCAUCACUUACAGUGACGAGCACUUUUCUCCAGGAUCACACCCGUCACACAUCCCGUCAGAUGUCAACUCCAAGCAAGCCAUGUCAAGACACCCUCCAGCUCCCGAAAUCCCAACCUUUUACCCCCUGUCUCCGGGCGGCGUUGGACAAAUCACCCCACCCCUUGGCUGGCAAGGUCAGCCUGUAUAUCCCAUCACGGGUGGAUUCAGGCAACCCUACCCAUCCUCACUGUCAGGCGACACUUCCAUGUCCAGGUUUUCCCAUCAUAUGAUUCCUGGUCCUCCUGGCCCCCACACAACUGGCAUCCCUCAUCCAGCUAUUGUAACGCCUCAGGUCAAACAGGAGCACCCCCACACUGACAGCGACCUAAUGCAUGUGAAGCCUCAGCAUGAACAGAGAAAGGAGCAGGAGCCAAAAAGACCUCACAUUAAGAAGCCUCUGAACGCUUUCAUGUUAUACAUGAAAGAAAUGAGAGCGAACGUCGUAGCAGAGUGUACGCUAAAGGAGAGUGCAGCUAUCAACCAGAUCCUGGGCAGAAGGUGGCACGCCCUCUCCCGGGAAGAACAGGCCAAAUAUUACGAAUUAGCACGGAAAGAAAGACAGCUACAUAUGCAGCUUUAUCCAGGCUGGUCAGCAAGAGACAACUAUGGCAAGAAGAAGAAGAGGAAGAGAGAGAAGCUACAGGAAUCUACGUCAGGUACAGGUCCCAGAAUGACAGCUGCCUACAUCUGAAACAUGGUGGCAAAAGAAGCUCAUUCCCAACGUGUAAAGCCAAGGCAGCAACCCCAGGCCCUCUUCUGGAGAUGGAAGCUUGUUGAAAAACCCAGACUGUCUCCAUAGCUUGUCCGGCUGACCACAAGGAGCACUGACAGCAACUUUACCCUGAGGUCACUGCUAGCGGACGCUGACCCACAGAGACAGUCACUGCCAGCCCCUCCCUCCUGUCUACUGCAAGCACCGACUUCCAAAAGAAAGCUGAAAAAACGGUUGCUUCUGAAAAAUAAAUAAAAUUUAAAAAAUAAAAAUAAAAAAGCCCUUGAGAAUGCUAGCAGGCCCUGCCCCCUGAGCAGAAUUGCUUCCAGUCUCUGCCUGCACUUCUCCAGUCUCUUCUGCGCAGGCCUGUCACCCUUCAACAAGGACAGUACCUUGGCUGUGUUUGCCUUGUCAUGUGCAACUAGAGCCAGUGACCAGAGCAGGCAUUAGCAUCCUGGCGUGAGAAUUGUGGAAGAUUCCUCCUGUUUCUGUCUUCAUUUUCCUAUCUCUUCACGUUUUUAUUUAACAGUAAAAAAGGAUCAAGCUUGUGUUUGCUUCUUCUUCUUCUUUUUUUUUUUAACUUGAAUUUUUAAAUUUUUUUCUUAAGUUUUUAUUUCCUUGUAUAUUUUGCUAGCUCUGAGCUUUUCAAUGAAAUUCAUAGGUCUGGAAGAGUUUAGUAUAAAAACAAGAAGAAAAGAAACCUUUUGUUGUUGCUGUUGUUUUCCUGAGAGAUCUUGUCCAGUACGUGGCUUCUCUGUGACACACAGUGGCCUCUGCCCUGUGUAGUGUCUGAUAAAGCUAAACAGAUAGCCAAACCCACUGAUGUCAGAGGUAGCGAUUGGCAGCCCAUCUCCCUUCCUUCAUUUUCUGAUAUUUUUUUU